UUUUUUUUUAGUUCCUUCCCAUUGACUCGAUUUUAUGGCCCACAAAACAUCAUAUACAACGAUAUCACAAGGCUUAAAAUCUGCAGCCUGGAAAUGAGUUUAAUGGAUACAAUCUUGUGACUCAUCGACGUUGAAUUACUACUACCGUGUGGCGAAGCAUUCCAAUCUCAAGCACGCAGGCACACAUUGAGUCCUUCAACUAAGAACUUGGCCUAAAGGGGCAAUUAUCUGGCAGUAACCAUGCUACUAGCGAAAGACAUCAAUCAAGGGGGCGUUAGUGGAGGUUCAAUAACAAACGGAGGCGAACUGGGUAUGCCAACCACCAGGAUAUCGUCAGAUUCUAUCCCCGUUCACCCAAUGGGCGUUAAGCCGCUCGGUAACCAGUAUUUGGUAUCUGGCCCAUCCGCUCGCCGAUCCCUUGGUUCGUUGGGUCAACUCCCAGAUGAGAUGAUUCUGCAGAUUCUCGAAUAUCUCGACACUUCAUCCCUAAGAAACAUCGGGCUCAGUUGCCGCUUUCUCUAUGCCUUUUGCCAGCUAGACGACUUGUGGAAAGCUUUAUUUCUCGAGGCUAACUUCCAACCUCUAACCUGGAAAGGUUCGUGGAGAAACACACUUUUGAAGGCUCCAGCUGGCUGGCGGUCUAGGAUCGACUGUAGUAACGUCUUCUCCGAUGUUAUACAUAGACCAUUCGCCUGUGCUCAUAUCGUCCUUGAGAAGUACUCGUCAAACAUUCCAGAAGCAAACCAGAUUAAACGGUUUAAACAACUUAGCUAUGAUGAUUUUGCAGAGAGUUGGAGCAGCAAGCCAUUCAUACUGACUGACUGCAUUCGACGAUGGCCAGUUUGCAGUGACUGGAACAUCCAGAAAUUAAAUAGCAAGUACUCGAACGUCGAGUUUCGAGCCGAAGCUGUAGAUUGGCCCUUCUCGAUUUACCACGAGUACAUGUCGAAUAACGAGGAUGAAAGCCCCCUAUAUCUAUUCGAUAAGGGUUUCGCGAAGAAGAUGGAUAUUCGGAUCGGAAAAGAGACAGGCGCCGUAUAUUGGCCACCUGAGUGCUUUGGGCCAGAUUUAUUUCAGUUGCUUGAUGAAGAAAGGCCUGCUCAUCGUUGGCUUAUCAUCGGCCCUGAACGUAGCGGCUCGACUUUCCACAAAGAUCCGAAUGCGACUAGCGCUUGGAAUGCCGUUCUGGAAGGCUCGAAAUAUUGGAUUAUGUUUCCCCCGACGGCGCAGGUUCCUGGCGUCUAUGUUUCGGAGGAUAGCAGCGAGGUCACUAGUCCGCUAAGCAUAGCUGAGUGGUUACUAGAGUUCCAUGCGGAAGCACGUACGUUGCCGGGUUGUGUGGAGGGCGUCUGCAAGGCAGGCGAAAUCUUACAUGUACCGAGCGGCUGGUGGCAUCUAGUCGUAAAUCUUGAGGCUGGCAUAGCUCUCACUCAGAACUUUGUCCCUAAGUCACACCUUGCAGAUGUGCUAUCUUUUCUCAAAGAUAAGCCAGACCAGGUUACCGGCUUCAAGGGGAACGUCGAGAGCCCGUAUGAGCUUUUCGAAGAGCGAUUGAGAGCCCAUUAUCCCAACCUUCUCGACGAGGCUAUUGCUGAGCUAGAAAGGAGGAAUCAAAACAAGAAACGAAAAUGGGAGGAGGCGAUCGGGAAAACAAAUGAUACUGAAAAUGAUGCUGGUGGAUUUAGUUUUGGCUUUGGAGGUGACGAUGAAGAUGAGAUACCUUGACUCCUUAGUACCAAAAUUGAGAUAAAACGCCAGAAAGUCUAUAUCAACAGACAUGCACCGAUUAUAAGGCGGGCUGAAUUCAGUGCCUGGCCAACGCCUUGUCUUCUAGGAGGUGGCUUAGUAGCAGAGGAAAGAAUGUAAGUGGCUUGCACUCUGAGAAAGUUUCUAUGGCGUACUACCUGUUUCCGGCACCAUGGACAAGUAUAAUGAUUCAGAUUGAGUAAGACACUUAGGAUCAGGGCCUCACUUUUGACAAGGCUUACUGCAUAGUACAUUGCGCAUAUUUAGUAUACACAUUUUUAGAAUUGCAAGGUACAAUAGAGUUCGGUUGAUAGGAAGCUAGGCAAUUAAACUCGGACCUAUUGGGAGUAUUUCGGUGUAGAAAGUGCUCAAAUCAGACUCAAAUCAGACA